CAGCUCUGCCUUCAGCCUGAGGGCUCUGAAUCCCGCAUGAACGCCAAAGAAAGCGCACUGUAGGCGCAAAUAUCCGGCACCAAGACGCACAGCUGCGGGUCAGGAUGAAGGUGCAGAUCGUGCUGCCGCUCACCAUUGUCUUGUCCGUCGCCCUGAUGGGGGUCAUCAGCGUGCUGAGGAAGGAGCUGCUGAAGGAGGAAAAACGCAGCAGGUUCCAGGGGGUCAAGCUCCGGGUGUCCGGCGACGUGCUGUCAGAGUUCCUGAACGACCGGGCGGAGGUAGAGAAUCAGCUGAGGAGGGCCGAGGGCGACCUGGAGACGCUGGAGAAGGCACUGGCCGCUGCGAAGAGCAAUACGGAGAAGAACAAGCCGAAAGCGGACGCCUGCGAGGGAGAGCAGAAAUCUGAGACGGAUCAAGUGGCGGCAACAGAGACAGAACUGAAUAAUCUGAAAGCUGAGUUGGAGAAGGAGAGCAACAGCUGGAAAACGGAAGAAGCGGCGCUGCAGCAGCAACAUCAAGAACGGAGCCAGGUGUGCAACUUCCUGAAAGAAGAAACGGACAUAACGAGAGGUAUUUGUGGUANNGAAGCUCCUAAACCAGAAGAACCAAAGGCAGAAGCUCCUAAAUAGGAAGAACCAAAGGCAGAAGCUCCUAAGUGAAGAUGAUGAACUUUCACAUCUGUUAAAGAAACUGAAAUCUGUGAAAGUUUUUGCUUUAGCAAAACCUGAUUUCAGCUUGUUGGUUUAUGGGAUUCUUGAGUGUGUUUAACUGGAUGUGAGUAUCCUGAGGGCUACAAAAGAAGAGUCAGGGAGGUUUGUUGAGAGUUUUCAGGUGGUGCUUUACCCUGCCAAACCACCAUUUUAACUGUGAUGCCGAUGGCGAGUUUGGGAUUCAAACCGACUCCCUUUCAGCAGCUAUUGUCCUGACGGUUGCAGAUGCAGGUUGAGGUUUUCAUCUGCGGCUGUACGUUAUCAAUGUCGCUAAAUGAAGUUUUGAAGAGCAACUUGCUAAUGCACAAAAUGCACAAAUAUGUUUUUAUGUUUGGUCCUGACUUGCACAGAGAAUACUCAAUCAACAACAUUGAUUUCGCUUUGAUUUGUCCAAAAACCAGUAGUUUCCUUCAUUAUGGGACAAUGUCUGGCCUAAAAGUUAAGCAUCCUGUAUCACGUUUAGAGUUUCAGAGCUCUGAAUGGACACGCUGUGGAAUGAGAUAAAUAUGUUUGCAUUCCUCUCUUGCAUGAUUUGCAGCAGCAGCACUUUUUUACUUUAACCAAUUUUUACAAUUUUGUGUGGAAAAAGACUCAAACAUUGCAUCAAAUAUCCUCUUAACCCGAUUAAGAAAACCUUGCUAACACAGAGCGUUGAUAAUCAUCUUUGAUUGGGAUUUUAAGUGUUGUUGAGCCGGCGACAGAGAAAACUUACUCAAACUUGCUUUAUAGUAUUGAGAAAUCUUGCUCUGCAUAUCUCAUAUUGCUUGAUGGAUCAGUAAUCGGUGACUGAUUAAUGGAUGCAAACACUCCCUUAACUGUUGACCUUUAAAUUAUUUUCAUAGUCUCCUGUGACCUGUUUACCUACUAGACCGGAACAGGUCCAGUCCCAUCUGAAUAACUCUUUAACUCUUUCUUCACCACUGCAGAGACGUUUUCACUGCCGCCAGUGUUUGCGUUUCUGUCAGCUGAAACCAGGAAGUGUCAGAAACCUGCAACCGUGUCCAAGUUUGUUUGAGAGCUUCUGUUACUAUUUCCUUGCCAGACUGAGAAUGUGUCUGUCAUUUAAUUCCUUUUUGCCAAAAGGAGCUUUUCAAGUGUCAGGUCAUGUGUCCACAGUUCAGCUGCAGAUAUCCACAGUUUAAUCCUGACUAGUUUUAACUCUAGUUCAAGAUCUCUUUAAUCCUCCUCAGUUCAACAUAUCUGCAUUGCCCUUUUAUAGAUUCUUAAGUUUGAACCAGUCAGAAUGAUGUUGUAAAAUCUCAAACUGCAAGUCGGUCCGGAUGAAUGUAAUUACAGAUAUCUUGAAUUAGAGUUUUGACUCAAUGCGGAUAUCUGUAGUUGUGUCAGAAGCUACUGCUAGCAAGCUCUGGUGAAUUUGGAAGUUUCCUCUUAACAAAGCUCCGGUUCUCCACAAAAAUCCUCCUGGUGAGCUCUUUCUGAUCCACCACAGCAUCCGCUAUCACCUCUGCCGGACCGACAUCCAACGAGAAGCCUCGUAUGAGCAGCAUCAUCACGUCAUACUGACAUUAAAGGUCGCUGUAAUUCAGUUUGGGCUACGAUAACAGCAGCAGGUAUCACAAACUGACACUGUUUAUGGUAAAACUCUGCUAAAAAAUGGCUAAAAGCUAGCAUAUCUGGGUUUUACAAAACUGUGAUAAUGAGAUCAUGUGACGUUUACUCGCACAAACACAAGAACACGAUGCCUCGUGAUGCUCCAGUCCACGUAAACACACUCAACUGGUUUCUAAUGCACUUAAGGUUGACGGUCUAUUUCGAUGUGUUAUUUAUUUUUGUGCAGAAGAUUUGGGCGUUUCGGUGUUGGUCGUGUGCUGUUGUUUUUUUAAAUGUUGGUGUAAAAUGCUUUUGUAAUAAACUGACCGUGUUUUGCUCGCACAGUCGACGUGAGACAUGUUGGAUGUUACUGACUAAACAGGAGUCCUAGUCAUUAUUGUCAUUAUUUGAGUCAGUUACUCAGCAGCAGUGUUUGCCUGCUGCGGUUCGGCUGAUUUAUGUCACCAGCUGAUGGCCGGCUUUGUUUUAAAAGAGGGGUUGUGUGUUUGCACAAUGUGGUCAAUAAAAAAAAUAAAACU